CCGCCGCCGCCGCGGCUGCUGGGAGCCCGGGGAGCGCCGCGCGAGGAGGGGGCGGCGGCGCCGCCGGCUUGGUGCCCGAUCCGCUUUCUAGCAGGAGCACGAUCAUGGAGGUGGUGCCAGCUGAGGUGAAUAGUUUGCUUCCAGAGGAGAUAAUGGACACUGGUAUAACUUUAGUGGAUGAUGAUAGUAUUGAGGCUGUUAUUGUUUCAUCCCCAAUUCCCAUGGAGACAGAACUGGAAGAAAUUGUCAACAUAAAUUCUACCGGGGACGCUGCAGCCACGCCCAUUUCCACGGAGCCAAUCACAGUGUACAGUAACCACACUAACCAAGUUGCAGUGAAUACCACAAUUACUAAAGCAGAUUCUAAUACCACAGUGAAACCAGCUUUUCCAAGUGGCCUUCAGAAACUUGGUGCUCAGACUCCUGUGACUGUCUCAGCCAAUCAGAUUAUUUUAAACAAAGUAUCACAGACAUCUGACCUUAAACUUGGCAAUCAGACCCUUAAGCCAGAUGGACAGAAGUUAAUUUUAACAACUUUGGGCAAGUCUGGUUCACCAAUUGUUUUAGCACUGCCCCAUAGCCAACUACCCCAAGCUCAGAAAGUUACCACUCAGGCCCAGUCAGGAGAUGCUAAGUUGCCACCGCAGCAAAUUAAAGUAGUUACCAUUGGAGGGAGGCCAGAGGUGAAACCUGUCAUUGGUGUCUCAGCACUGACCCCAGGAAGUCAACUGAUUAAUACUACAACUCAGCCCUCUGUGUUACAGACCCAACAGUUAAAAACAGUACAGAUUGCUAAGAAGCCUCGAACACCAACCUCUGGUCCAGUAAUCACGAAGCUGAUCUUUGCAAAACCAAUUAAUAGUAAAGCAGUUACAGGACAGACAACUCAAGUCUCACCUCCGGUCAUUGCAGGUAGGGUUCUCUCACAGUCUACUCCCGGGACUCCAUCAAAGACCAUAACAAUAUCUGAGAGUGGUGUUAUUGGAUCAACUUUAAAUUCUACAACACAGACACCAAAUAAAAUAGCCAUCUCACCUUUGAAAUCACCAAAUAAGGCAGUGAAGUCAACUGUGCAGACCAUCACUGUCGGAGGAGUGAGCACAUCCCAGUUUAAGACAAUUAUUCCUCUGGCAGCCGCUCCCAAUGUCCAGCAGAUCCAAGUGCCUGGAAGCAAGUUCCAUUAUGUCCGGCUGGUUACGGCCACGACAGCCAGUAGCUCCAGCCCGCCAGUUAGUCAGAACCCCAGUACAAACACUCAGCCUCUGCAGCAAGCAAAGCCGGUGGUUGUCAACACAACUCCAGUGCGGAUGUCGGUUCCAAUCGUCUCAGCUCAGACUGUCAAACAAGUUGUUCCCAAACCACUCAAUCCAGCGUCACAAAUAGUGACGACUAGCCAGCCCCAGCAGCGGCUCAUCAUGCCUGCCACGCCGCUGCCGCAGAUCCAGCCCAACCUCACCAACCUGCCGCCGGGCACCGUCCUGGCACCCGCCCCGGGAACGGGGAACGUGGGUUACGCGGUGCUUCCAGCUCAGUACGUCACUCAGCUACAGCAGUCUUCAUAUGUGUCCAUAGCAAGUAACUCUAACUUUACUGGAACAUCUGGUAUCCAGACCCAGGCAAGGCUUCCCUUCAAUGGUAUAAUCCCGUCAGAGUCUGCCAGUCGGCCGAGAAAGCCCUGUAAUUGUACAAAAUCUCUGUGUUUGAAAUUGUAUUGUGAUUGCUUUGCAAAUGGUGAAUUUUGCAACAACUGCAAUUGUACUAAUUGUUAUAACAAUUUGGAACAUGAAAAUGAAAGGCAAAAAGCAAUAAAGGCAUGCCUCGACAGGAAUCCAGAAGCCUUUAAGCCUAAGAUAGGGAAAGGGAAGGAGGGAGAAUCAGACCGCCGGCACAGCAAAGGCUGUAAUUGCAAACGAUCGGGAUGUCUCAAAAACUACUGCGAAUGCUACGAGGCAAAAAUAAUGUGUUCCUCCAUAUGCAAAUGUAUUGGCUGUAAGAAUUUCGAAGAAAGCCCGGAAAGAAAGACACUGAUGCACUUGGCAGAUGCGGCCGAAGUCAGGGUACAGCAACAAACGGCAGCAAAGACCAAGUUAUCCUCUCAAAUUUCGGAUCUGCUCACCAGGCCCACACCGGCUUUGAACAGCGGAGGAGGAAAAUUGCCCUUUACAUUCGUAACGAAGGAAGUAGCUGAAGCCACGUGUAACUGCCUCCUUGCCCAGGCAGAGCAGGCAGACAAGAAGGGAAAGUCAAAGGCCGCAGCUGAACGGAUGAUACUCGAGGAAUUCGGACGAUGUUUGAUGAGUGUCAUCAACUCCGCAGGAAAAGCAAAAAGUGACCCUUGUGCCAUGAAUUGCUGACUCUUGCACAAAAGACUGAUGAAUGGAACUGUACAGAAAACUUAAGGUGCAGGGACACUUGAUUUUCUGGAAGAUAGUUUAACAAUUACUGUAUUUUAAUUCAGUCCUUGUUUUAAGAGACCUGAAAUUAUAAUAUUGAAAGAGAAAAAAUUUUAAACGAGGAAACUAGUAUGUUUUAAAUCUUAGUCAAAUCUGCUUAUGCCCCUUCUAAAUUGCAUUUUUCUUUAUUGUAUUAUAUAGCUUUUAAAUUUGCUUGGGUUUCGUAAGAGUUAGAUGUUCUAUCCUUCUGAUUCUAUUGACAAAGAACAUUUAUAAAUUGCUAUAAUUUAUAAUGGAUGGUGUUGGAUGACUUCGUUCAGUAGAAGAAGCCAGAGCAGCAGCGGUUACUGUCCAGUCAUUCAUAGGACUGGACCUCAAAUAUAUUCGGAUAGAAUGUCCAGCAGAAGCAACUCCUUAUGAAACAUUCAGAUGACAUUUUGCAUUUGGAAAAAGCACUUAUCUUUUAAAGAAACAUGAGUGUUUUAGGUUGGAUCCUGGAAUAAUAUCCUGUUGUCACUUUGGGAAUGUCAGAAAGGGAAGUAAUCCCCAGGUACACUUUUAAAAUAAAAAAAAAAUUUUUUUUUAAAAACAUAUAAAAUAUUAAGGGACAGUAAAUAAUUCUCAGAGGAUGGGCAAUCUAUUUCUAUAAUAAGGAAUGGCUAACAUGCUCUGGGAUGUCUCCCAUUUUCCUUCAAAGAGGUGGUAUGUACUUGAAAUGAUAAUAAAUUGUCAAAGUGAUUACUGGGUACUAUUAAAAUGAGAGGUGUGUAUAAGUAGAAGUAAACGUAUUAUUAUGUAGUGGUAUUAUAGAACCUCACAUAAUUAUCAAGUAUAAAAUUUGGCCUCGAUGAAGAAAUAAUAUUGAAGCUGUACAAGAUGAAUUGGAGAAGGAUUUUUCAUCUGUACAAAUAGUUCUCUUCGUAAACUUUUGAACUAAGAGGUUUCAAACCAAUACCUGACUCUUACUUGAUUUACUGAAAUGGGCCUCCUAACAAAGCUUUCAAAAUUAUAGUGGGAAAAAGUCUUUUUAUAAGGGAAAUGUGGCAUUAUUUUUAGCCAGUGUUUUGGUAAGCUGCAGGUAUGAGUGUUUCUCUGUAAUUACUAAAAUAAUCUAAAUCAUUUUCAGUAAUUCAAAAACCCUAUGAAUUUAAGAGCCUAUUAUAAUAAGACUCUUGAUUUUAUGACAACAAAAAACCAUGUUGGAAUUCAGGCAUUUUGUUAGGUACCUUAAUCCUCAGUAAUUAUUAGUAUAUGAUUAUUAUGUUUCCUGCAAGGACUCUAUAGUUGUAUGUAUUAAGUGUGUGUAUAUAUGUUCAUAUGAACAUGCAAGAUAUAGGCAAUAGAAAUUAAGUAAUCCAAAAGAGGAUUCCGUUAUUCAUUAAAGUAUCUUCCUUUUGAAAUUUGGAUUUAUAAAAUUAUAGUGCAGUAACUUUAAAUGUAGAUAGUGCAAACAUUCUUAGCACCUCAAUCUGUUUAAUUAAAAUUUGUAUAAAUGUAAAUUAGUUUAAGAGGAUAAAAUAAUAUCUAAUCAAGUUAUUUUUCAAAAGAUUGCAGUAAGUUUUUGGUCUAAACCUAAACUUUGUUCAUUUUGUACAUAUUCUGUGUUAAUUCUAAUUGCACCUUUGUGAUGUGUAUUUAUAUACAGUGUGCAGAAAAUGUUUGUGAAAUUUCGAUUACAAUUGUAGAUUAUGUAUGAUGGCAUUGCUUAAGAAUGUUUUGCUUGUAAAAAUUUGAAGGUGCAAUCAAAUGCUACUAGUUUUUCUGAUUUCCAAGAAGCUAUCUAAAAUAGUAAGACUUCUCCUUCCCGUGUAGUACUUACUAAACAACUUUUUCUGUUUAGGCAUUUGCGUCAAAUUGCUGAACGAGAUGAAUGGCCACAUUAAUUCAACGAUUUUAAAAGACUAUUUGGGGAGGGUUGGGUAUAUAAUUUUUUAGCUCUAUUUACAUCCCAAAGUAGAAAGAUUAAAUUUAUAUUUACUAGAGCUAUUCAAAGAAUACACUUUUCUAUAUUGUAAAAACAGGACAGCAAAGUAAAUCAUACAGAAAAUAAACAUUUAUACUAUUCUAUAAAAAAAGGUUUUGCCUUUUUUCUUUAGUCCAAUGACACCACUUUUAAUCAUUUAACAUGCAAGAAACCUUUUAAAUUAUCUGAUCUUCAAGUAAAUUUGACAUUACUUCUGAAAACACAGAACUAAAAAAUUCUACCAUUUUGCCCAAUUAUCAUGAACGUAAAUUGCUUUGGAAUGA